AUGCGCUUAGCUCAUUUGCACAUCCCAGGCCUUAUACCUUAUAGCCACUCGCUACGGUUGCAAAACGCCAUCAUCGACAGGCACUUUAGACACAAGGACUUGUUGCGGCUUUCAGCAGCAACAGCACAACCGGCAGGCCAUGUUCAUGCAGCAGCUGAAAGCCGUGACGCCCAGAGUGGAAUGAGCACUCAGAUCCACGCAUGCGUACCCAAGGAAAAGCACACUGGUCGGGAAGACCUGUCGGAUCCAGAAAACCCAAACGCCUUGACUGGACCAGCAUAUCGCACUGGAAACGCCACAAGGCUGCACGAAAAUGCCGCUGAGGGAUCCAAUGAUCAAACAGCUGCUGCAAUGCUUCGACCCGGAAAUGGCAGCAGCUGCACUACCUCAUCAAGCUCGACGUCGAACCAGAGGCCGGGGUUCCAAAAUCACCAACACGAUGAUACCGGUCCACCAGACCCUGUCCUCCUCACGUUUAGUACCCCUCCUACCUACACGGUUGGCCGGCGCCACUUGUUGACCAACCCAAUCUCUCCAGAGCAGCAGUCCUUCCUUUCGGCCAACGGCCUUGCGACCUUCCACGCUUCUCCUCGCGGCGGGCUUCUCACCUACCAUGCCCCUGGACAGGUGACAGGGUACGUGAUUGCUGAUCUUCGGCGCCACGGAAUCACAGCACGCUGUUGGGUGAGAUUAUUGGAGGAGAGCGUUGUCCGCACGUGUAGUGCAUGGGGCGUCAGGACGGGGCGGACAAGUGAUCCUGGGGUCUGGGCGCUUGGCCCCGAGCAGACACGACCUCCGCCAACACAGACACGCGAACCCGGGACCAGCGGUCGCAAAAUAUGCGCCAUCGGCGUCCAGGUCUCACGGGGCAUUACUUCCCAUGGAAUCGGACUGAACGUGCAUGACGCGGCUCCGGGCUCGUCAGACACACAACAGCGGGGAACGAAAACUUUCACAUUCACGCCUGCUCAGCUUUGCUCUCCGUCCUAUGACCCCGUCACCAAGGGUUAUCUAUCAUGGGGUUUCAGCCGCAUUGUGGCCUGCGGCCUCGAAGGCAAGAGCGUCACUUGGUUGACCAGGGAGAUGGAUCUCCCAGACCCUGACCCUGACCCAGCGCUGGCACGUUCAUCGUCUUCGAUAGAGCCACUUCCUCAACCGACUGAAGAAGCCGUCGCCACGAUCCUCGCCCGCGAGAUCAUGAGUGGCCUAAACACCAUGAGAGGCGCAGACAAGGAAGCCGUUGACGGGAUAUACAUGAUUCAAGAGGAUGAUGUCCUGACAUGA